AUGCCUGUGCCAAAGGCACAGUAUAAAGCUGCUAAAUAUACAAAUAUAUUUGUAGCAAAGUGUGACAACUUUAAAGAACAAUCACUCAAAUGGCACCUUGAUACUAAAGAUCACCAGAAAACUUUAAAAACACAAUCAGUAGCACAAUUAAACAUAGUUAUUAGUUUUACAAAACAGUUUGAAAUUGAUAAACUUCCUACACAUUCAAUUACUAAUCUUUGUAGUCUUAUUGAUCAACAACUUCAAAAUACUCAAGAAUUUCAUAUAUCAUCAAAUAUUAAUGUUUUAAAAAAUCCUUUGGCAUUACAAGCUAUAGAAUUAACAAGAAGUGAUUAUAGUUCUUAUACUAAUAAUCAUACUAGAAAAGACUUUAUUGAAGUGAUUGGAAAAGUAAUUGAAGAAAAGAUUUGCCAUGAGAUUCAUAAAUCAUCAGUAUGGAGUUUAAUGAUUAAUGAAAGCAAUACAGUUACUAAAGAAAAAACCUUAGCUAUUGUAUCCAAACAUAUUGUUUCUAAUAUUCCAGUAAACCAAUUUGUUGGAUUAAUUGAAUUAAAAAAUUGUAGCACUAAUGGAAUUAUAGAAGAAUUAAAUAAAUUUUUUAAAGUCAAAAAUCUUCCAAUCUUAACAUUAGGUCAUUUUGGUAGUGAUGGAGCAUCAGUUAUGCUAGGUUGUUUAAAUGAUAUUGCAACACAAUUAAAAAGUCAAAGCCUAUUUCUUACAGAACAUCAUUGUAUCUUACACUGUUUGGCUCUUGCAUAUGAAGAUGCUGCUGAAAGAAUUCCAUAUAUAUAUACAUACAACAAACUUCUUUCUUUAUCAAAUGUUGUAUCAAAUUUACAUCAUAUAUUAGAUUCAGUUGUUGGUGCUUUAUAUUUAGAUUCUAAUACUGACAAA